AUGGAGGGUUACGGUGCGGAUGAGGCGGUGAUAGCUUUGAAGCUGAAAGAUGCAUCGAAUUGGUGGCAUGACAUUAACGAAUCUACGCUCUGGCAGGAUCGGAUUUUUCACAUCCUCGCCGCUCUUUACGGUCUCGUCGCCGCCGUUGCUCUCGUCCAAUUGAUUCGGAUACAAUUGAGGGUUCCUGAGUAUGGUUGGACCACACAGAAGGUCUUCCAUUUUCUGAAUUUUCUGGUGAAUGGGGUUCGUGGGUUUGUAUUUGUUUUCAGACGGGACGUGCAGAACUUACAUCCAGAGAUUGUUCAACACAUCUUGCUUGACAUGCCAAGUCUAGCUUUCUUCACCACAUAUGCUCUUUUGGUCUUAUUUUGGGCUGAGAUAUACUACCAGACUAUCCUAAAACAGGCACGUGCUGUAUCGACUGAUGGACUGAGGCCAAGUUUCUUUACUAUUAAUGCAGUGGUUUAUACUAUCCAGAUUGGAAUGUGGCUGAUAUUAUGGUGGAAAUAUAUCCCAGUUUUGGUCGUCCUCUCAAAGGUGUUCUUUGCAGGUGUAUCAUUGUUUGCAGCCCUUGGGUUUUUACUAUAUGGUGGAAGGCUUUUCUUAAUGUUGCAGCGCUUUCCUGUAGAGUCCAAAGGGCGGCGUAAGAAGCUGCAAGAAGUCGGUUAUGUGACCACCAUUUGCUUCUUAUGUUUCCUAGUCAGAUGCAUUAUGAUGUGCUUUAAUGCAUUUGACAAAGCUGCUGACCUUGAUGUUUUGAACCAUCCAGUUCUAAACCUCAUAUAUUACCUGUUGGUGGAGAUAUUACCUUCAUCUCUGGUCCUUUUCAUUUUGAGGAAGUUGCCACCAAAACGAGGUAUUACACAGUAUCAUCCCAUACGCUGAACGAUGUCGGAUGCUUUUGUAAUGAUUUUACAUGGCUCUUCUUGUAUACCCUGCAAAAAAAAAAGGACAGAAAAUUAGCAAUAGUGAAGGCUAAAACAGAUAGUUUUGUGGUUUGUUUUGUACGCACAAUCUGAUCUCUUGGAUUCUAAACAUAUCAUUGUGUUCAAAUGAAGGUGUUGUAGGGUUUUUAUUUUUUUGGAGUAGAAAUUGUGGAGAAUAUCGACUAUUUUGGUACACCAUACAGUCAUGUAAGCAAAACCAAGGAUGGUUUUCUGAUUUUAUGGAAUGCUAUUCUAACAGUGUUUAUGAAAUAA